UUACAAACCGUUGAAUCUCAAAUUGGCGUUAAAGGAGAUAUUGAAACUCUUAUAAGUGAGAAUUCAAGUUUGCAAAAGGAGUGUAAUAGAUUGAGAUUAGAAAAAAGUGAUAAUUUAAAUACAAUUAAUUCAUUAUGUGAACAAAUUACAUCCCUUAAGUUACAAACCGUUGAAUCUCAAAUUGGCGUUAAAGGAGACAUUGAACCUCUUAAAAGUGAGAAUUCAAGUUUACAAAAGGAAUGUAAUAGUUUGAGAUUAGAAAAAAGUGAAAAUUUAAGUACGAUAAGUUCAUUACAUGAACAAAUUACAUCCCUUAAGUCACAAAUCGUUGAAUGCCAAAUUGGUGUUAAAAAAGAUAAUGAAAUUCUCAAAAGUGAGAAUUCAAGUUUGCAAAAGGAAAAAAGUGAAAAUUUAAAUAUAAUAAGUUCAUUACGCGAACAAAUUACAUCCCUCAAGUCACAAAUCGUUAAAUAUCAAAUUGGCGUUAAAGGAGGCAUUGAAACUCUUAUAAGUGAGAAUUCAAGUUUGCAGAAGGAAUGUGAUGGUUUGAGAUUAGAAAAAAGUGAAAAUCGAAGUACAAUAAGUUCAUUAAGUGAACAGAUUACAUUCCUUAAGUCACAAGUUGCUGAAUACCAAAUCAGCAUUAAAAGAGACAUUGAAACUCUUAAAAGUGAGAAUUCAAGUUUGCAAAAAGAGUGUAAUGGUUUGAGAUUAGAAAAAAGCAAAAAUUUAAGUACAAUAAGUUCAUCACAUGAACAAAUUACAUCCUUUAAGUCACAAAUCGUUGAAUACCAAAUUGGCGUUAAGAGAGACAUUGAAACACUUAAAAGUGAGAAUUUAAGUUUACAAAAGGAAUGUAAUAGUUUGAGAUUAGAAAAAAGUGAAAAUUUAAGUACGAUAAGUUCAUUACAUGAACAAAUUACAUCCCUUAAGUCACAAAUCGUUGAAUGCCAAAUUGGUGUUAAAAAAGAUAAUGAAAUUCUCAAAAGUGAGAAUUCAAGUUUGCAAAAGGAAAAAAGUGAAAAUUUAAGUAUAAUAAGUUCAUUACGCGAACAAAUUACAUCCCUCAAGUCACAAAUCUCUGAAUACCAAAUUGGCGUUAAAAGGAACAUUGAAACUUUUACAAGUGAGAAUUCAAAUUUGCAAAAGGAGUGUGAUAAUUUGAGAUUAGAAAAAAAUGAAAUUUUAAAUACAAUAAGUUCAUUACGCGAACAAAUUACAUCCCUUAAAUCACAAAUCGCUAAAUAUCGAAAUGAGAAUUCAAGUUUGCAAAAGGAGUGUGAUAGUUUGAGAUUAGAAAAAAGUGAAAAUUUAAGUACAAUAAGUUCAUUACAUGAACAAAUUACAUCCUUUAAGUCACAAAUCGCUGAAUACCAAAUUGGUGUUAAAAGAGACAUUAAAGUUCUUAAAAGUGAGAAUUCAAGUUUGCAAAAGGAAAAAAGUGAAAAUUUAAAUACAAUAAAUUCAUUACGCGAACAAAUUACAUCCCAUAAAUCACAAAUCGCUGAAUACCAAAUUGGCGUUAAAAGAGACAUUGAAAUUCUUAAAAGUAAGAAUUCAAGCUUGCAGAAGGAACAACUUGAAAAUUUAAAUACAAUAAGUUCAUUACGCGAACAAAUCGCCGAAUAUCAGAUUGGCAUUAAAAGAGACAUUGAAAUUCUUAAAAGUGAGAAUUCAAGUUUACAAAAGGAGUGUAAUAGUUUGAGAUUAGAAAAGAAUGAAAAUUUAAGUACAAUAAGUUCAUUACAUGGACAAAUUACGACUUUACUUGAUGAGAACAAUAAGUUAAUUCAAGAUGCUAGUAAUAAAAACCAUAAUAGUGGACGUAAGUAA